UCGAAAAUGAACAUGUCUCUCAUGUAACGUGUCCGUCUAUAAAAUGAACAUUGUUCCUACUCGUGCGUGUACCGUCGAUGAACUUUUGUUCAGGUAUGGGAAGCUAGUGCAACCACUUUAACUGGGCACGGCAGUCAAUCAUCAUGGUCAGCAGUAACAACGCCCCAGAGUCAAAGGGCUUUGUGUCGCCAACAGUCAAUGAUACCAAUGCCCAGGCAACAGAUGGUAGCUCUGGCGCAGCUCCGACUCGCUCAGUUGCAGCUACUGCAGCACCCAGUGCCGACUCAGCUCCCGAAAUCAUUGCAGAGAGCCCCCGCGCUGCGUCGCCUGUACACAGUGAGAAGCUGGCGGCCAACUUGAACGUCAAGGGCAAGGCCGGGCAUGCAGUGAUUGAUCAGCGCCAGACCAUCCCGACGACAGGAAAAAGACGCCACACGACCAAGUGGGAAUACAUCACCUUUUGCCUGUUUUACUUCUCGCUAAAUGGCGCCCCCAUCGGCAACAACGGCGGCGGUCUCCGCCAGGCGUUGGUCAACAUGAAGUACCCGGACGGCUACCUGACCUGGGGUGGCGAAUACAUCCCCAUCAACGCCAUGCUGCUGAGGGUGCAGGGAGUCAUGUUCGCGGCGCAGCUGGUGACGCUGAUGAUCCUGGGGCCCUAUGCCGACUACGGCAACUGGCGGCCUUGGAUCAUGAUUGUCGGCCAGGUUCUGCUCUACAUUUGCCAGUUCUCGCUGUGCGGCAUCAGCCAGCCGGAUCAAUGGGAGGCGGCGCAGGCGCUGUUCGUCGUCGGGUCGCUCGCCGCCAACGUGGUCAACAGCUUCUAUGCCGCCACCUUCCCGUCCAUCGUCCGCGAUCUGCCCAAGCUGAUUGAGAGCGAGGAGCGCGUCAAGGCGGGGACCGAGUCGCCCGAGAACCACAGCAAGUUGGACGAGUAUGAGAGGGCCAAGCUGUACAACCUCAACAACAUGACGGGCUCGUAUGUGGUGGCGGUGGUGUAUGCCAUCGCUGUUGGAAUGAUUGCCGGCAUCGGCUACACGACAAACGAGCAAAAAAUCACCUCUUUCCGUGCCGCCCUGGGAUACUUUGGGUUCAUGACAGUCGCAUUCACUGUCCCGUUCUUCAUCCUCCACAAGCAUAGACCGGGACAGCAGCUACCGUCAGGCACGGGCUGGCUCACCGCCGGGCCCAAGCAGGUAUGGAGCGCGGCCAAGAGCGCAAAGAAACUCAAGCAGGUGAUGCUGUACCUGCUCGCCUACUUCCUGCUCAACGAGACGUGGGGGACGUACUGGGCGGUGACGGGCAUCAUCCAAAACGACGUCAUCCACUACAGCCCCUUGAUGCUCAACGCAUUCAGCCUGACGGCCGAUUUGUGCGGCGGAACGGGCCAUCUUCUGCUGUUGAUCUUGCAAAAGCGCUUCCGGUUCAGCGUCAAGCAGGGCGUCAUGUUCGGCGCCGUCAUGACCCUGAUUCCGCAGCUGUGGGGAGGCAUUGGGCGCUUCACGACCAAGGUCGGCUUCCACAACGAAUGGGAGUUUUGGCUGGUUCAGGCCUGGAACAUCACCACGGCGGCCUGGGGUGGGUACAACGUGACCAUGAUCUCCGAGGUGGUGCCGGGCCCAAAGUCAUACAUGUUCUUUGCCCUGUUCAACUGCGUCGGCAAGACUUCGGGCUUUGUCGGACCCUUCAUCACGGCGGCCAUCAUCCAGGCCGACGGCGGAAAGAACAAUGGCGCAUACUGGUUCCUGCUCGGCACCGGGCUGUUGGGCCUACUGACGCUGUACUUUGUGGACACGGACCAGGCAAAGAUUGACAGUGCUGCAUGUGAGUUUUCAUUCCUGAUUUAG